CUGCCAUUCUCACCCGUGCUCCUAUUGUUAUGUUCUUAUUACAGAUUACCCUCGCUCAACACUGCUUCAUUUUAAAACGGAAUCAUCAGUCUGUCGUUUCAUUUUCAGAGUUGCCAUCUAAUUAGGUUGGAACAUUUUUUCUAUUUUCUUCACACAUUACUGAUGUCGCUAGUCAACUGCAGAUUAUUGGGUAACUUAAGACUAUCAGACGUCAUGAAUGGCCCAAACGGAGAUGACCAAGAAGGAGUAACUGUAGUAGGAUUUGAAGUACCGAGAUCUCCUGAUUCAAGCUACAACAAUCCUAUUCCAGGCAUAGAAGAAGCAGCUCAAGAUCCUCCACUCGUACCUCCACACUUGCAUAGUUCCCUCUUGAGUGUACCGGCAAGCAGAGAUGGUUUCAAUAGCCUCCCCUUACCUCAGAAUGUGGUUCUUAACCAUCUUUAUAUAGAAAACAGAGAGAGCCCUAGGUCUGUUGUAUCUUUGGGAAUCACCCAUCGAUACCGCUCAAAAUAUGUUACGGUAGUGUUAUAUAAACCGGUCCAGAGACGGUGAUUAAUUUGGAUUGUUGAACAUUAAAUCUUUAGAAAAUGUAUUUUCCAAUUCCACUUCCUGGUAAAAUUCUAACCUGCGAAGAAUUUGAUCAUGGUGGUCAUCAUCUUGUAUUGGAACUCAUUUCUCCUGUGAAAUUUGCGAUGGGUGGUUGCGAAGUUGUACAUUUGCUUUGUAGUAUUAUUCAUUUUAUCUCUUAUCUAAUCUUGAA